GUCUAACUUUGUGAAGGUAAAUGGCCUCAUUGUAUACGACCCCUUUGUGUAAGUAACAUUUGAAUACAUCCUUCCUGCAGGUGAAUCUUACGAGUAGUUUAGAGACUCGAGAUUAGAUCCGUUACCUGUCAGUCACAGAAAUAGAACCCAAAACGUCAUCAACCCGCCAUAGACAGACAAAAUUAUGCAUUAGCCUCGUCUCUCGUAUUGGCCGGUGGCCACAACUCAACUCUCUCAUGGCUCUCGACGCGCCAUGAAAGCUCACCCAAACCUCAGAAUGGUGGCCCCCCUUCUCCUGCAUCUGUGCAACUCUCUCCGCCUCCAGGAAACUCACCCUCUUCUUCUCACUAGUACCCACCUUCUUCAUUCCUCUGCAAACCAUGAUUUACAAAUCUCUGAAAUUCCCCACCAAAAAACUCUCAGGAAACCACAAAACGCUACUGUAGGUCGAGCUUACUCAACUAGAAGUCAAAUGAAUUUACAGGUCCAAAGUGUUGAAAACCCGGAUAAAAGCUCUGUAAUUCUCUUUUGUUCAGACCCAGAAAAAAUAUCAAGAACUAGACUUUCUUUCGAUGUUCCUUUCACGAAACAAUUCAACUUGAAAACUGAAGCAUCUGGGAGUGCACUUAGAUCCUUUGUACAUGGGGGUUGUUCUUUGAAGAUUGGAGCAAAUUUAGGGGCAGGAAUCAAUGAAAAAAAUCCAGAAAAAGUUCUUGGAGCAUCAAAAAAUUUUGAAAAAACAGAGGAUUUCAUCAGCCUUUUCAACCAAUGUUCGGAAACUCCGAGCAAAUUGCCCCAAGGAAAAUUCAGAAGAGAAGUUCAAAGCACUUCAAACACAAAUCUUGAAAUUCAGGCCAAUUCUCCUGCCAAAAGAGCCCAAAAAAUCACAGGAACGAAUUCAAGAUUUCGUUCAAAUGCUCUUAACCCAGAUUGUGAAAUUCAAGCUAGACCUCAGCCUGAGAAAACCCAAGAAAAGGCGUCAUCAAUUCGUGCCCAAAUAGGCCAGCUAUGUAAAGAAGGCCAGUUAGAUGAAGCCAUGAAACUCUUUUACACUCUCUCUAAGCCAAACAUUGUCACGUAUAACACACUGAUUGUAGGCUUUAUAUGCAAUAGAUUGCCUAAAAAAGCUCUUGAGUUCUACUCUAAAUUAGUUUCCACUGGCCUGAAACCUGACCAUUAUACUUACUCAGCGGCCAUGAAAGCAUGCACUGAAUUGCAGGAGUUAAGAUUAGGUAUGGCUAUACACUCACAGAUUAUACUCAAUGGGGUGAACCCAAAUCAAAUUCUCUACAAUUCUCUGCUAAGCUUGUAUUGUAAUUGUCUGGACUCUCAUUCGGUUCAGUCACUGUUUGAUAAAAUGCCUAGAAAAAACUCAAUCACUUAUAACACCAUGAUUUCCUGGUUUGUUAGGAAUGAGCAAGGUUCAAAAGCUCUUGAGCUCUUUAAUUUCAUGUUAAUGGCAAGAAUCCAGCCGACUAUUGUGAGUUUUGUGAACAUUUUUCCAGCCUCCUCAUUAUUGGGAUUGGGUUUUAAACCAUUAGGCUCUCUCCAUGGGUUGAUCCUAAAGCAUGGGCCGAGCUAUUAUAACUGCCCUUUUGCUGUUAGCACCUUGAUAUGUGCCUAUUGUGAGAUUUCAGCCAUAGAUUUAGCAAGGAAGAUUUUUGAUCGGUUAUCUGAUAAGAAUGUAGAGGUAUGGAAUACCAUGAUCAAUGGGUAUCUUCAAAAUAACUUUUCUGGUGAAGCCCUAGAACUCUUCCAGCUAAUUCUUGUUUCCAAACUCAAACCAGACAUUGUGACCCUACUGGUCGGAUUAACAACCAUUUCUCAAGCUCAAGUUAUAAAAUUUGGUAGAGAAUUGCAUGCUUAUUUGAUUAAGACUGUUGAGAAAUCACCAUUGAUCUUGUCCAAUGCGCUAAUUGCUAUGUACGCGAGGUGUGACGGGAUUGAAAUUUCUAGGAAAAUUUUCGAUAGGAUGGUUGAAAGAGAUUUGGUUUCAUGGAACACAAUGGUAUCGGCAUGUGUGCAAAAUGGGUUUGAUCUGGAAGGUUUAGAGCUUGUUCGAGAAAUGCUAAGGCUUGGGUUCCAUCCUGACUCCAUCACUGUCACUGCCUUAGCGUCUGCAAGCUCGAAUUUAAGAGAUUCAAGGCUUGGGAAGCAAACCCAUGCUUAUAUUUUAAGGAAUGGAGUUGAACCUCUAGGGCUUGAAAGCUAUUUGAUUGACAUGUAUGCGAAAUCCGGUCUCAUUACGGUUUCAGAGCUAGUCUUUGAUAAAAUUAUUGAGAGAGAUACAGUGGUUUGGAAUGCCAUGAUUGCGGGUUAUGUGCAAAAUGGGGUGGGCGAUAAGGCCUUUGCCAUCUUUCAGGAGAUGCAAGAGCAAGGAUGCACACCCAACUCAGUAACAAUUGCCUCUUUGCUCCCUGUUUGUAACCUCACAGCAUCGAUCCGAAAUGGGUGUGAGCUCCAUUGCUAUGCAAUUCGCCACUUCCUUGAUCAAAACGUGUUUGUGGAUACUGCAUUAAUUGAUAUGUAUGGCAAAUGUGGCUCUAUAGCUUCAUCAGAAAAGAUCUUCAAUCAAAUGCCUCAAAAGAACACCAUCUCUUAUACUACUAUGAUAUCUUGCUAUGGCCUACAUGGGCAUGGCCAAAGGGCUCUAGAACUCUUCAAUCAUAUGCCUAAACUUGGGAUAAAGCCGGAUAGGAUCACUUAUGUAGCUGUGUUAUCAGCUUGUGCAUUCUCUGGGCUUGUGGAUGAGGGGAUGCAGAUAUUCGAUUCAAUGGUGGGUGAGAAAAAACCUGGAAUGGAACACCACUGUUGUGUUGUGGAUAUGUUGGGUAGGGCAGGUAGAGUGAGAGAGGCCUAUGAAUUUGUGGAAAAUAUGGGGGCAGAGGCUGAUGUGAGAAUAUGGGGUUCUUUAUUAGGGGCCUGUAAGAUCCAUGGAGAACUAGAGUUAGGGAAGGUAGUUGCUAAGAGGUUGUUUGAGGUGGAGAAAGGGUUGGUAGGCUACCAUGUAUUGUUGUCAAAUAUGUACGCUUUAAAGGGAAGGUGGGAGAGUGUGGACAUGGUGAGGAGAGGGAUAAAGGAGAUGGGGCUAAAAAAGGAACCUGGCUGUAGCUGGAUUGAGGUAGGGGGAUGGGUUCAUUUGUUUGUGGCAAAAGACCAAAAGCACCCUCAAUCUGAUGAGAUAUAUGGCAAACUAAGAGAUCUAGAUGCUGAGAUGAGGUUGCUGGGGCUGUAAUCAAGGUGCAUUAUAAUGAUGACCAGGGAAAUGGAAAUAGAUAGUGGCACAUUGAUGAAGCAAGUUGGGUUCCAUCUGCCAUGUAACUUGGCUAUGUGGAGCUCCUUAACGGAACCGCUUAGCUAGAGGUUUGAAUGUUACACUCAACAAGUAAGAAAAGGAUGCCUGCUUUAAAGUGCGGCCUUAAUUAAUCUGAGGUGGACUGCAUGUUGCAUCUCAUAGAGGAGUGCCUAUAAAUUCAACCUUGUGAAUUGGAAAAAAUGAGAGAAGGGUCAUGAAGACACCAAAAGAUAUUGAAUCGGUCUCCGGUGGGACAGCAUGCGAGAUGGAAAUCUUCUAUAUAGCAUUGAUGAUCUUAAAAAUAAUCUGUCCCUCUCCCUCUCCCUCCUUCCCUCCCCUAUUUUCUUUGCCUUGUACCUUAUUUUUCACUGUUGUACAAGUGGUACAUAUUGUUUUUGACAAAAUAAUGUGUUAAGUUUAACCCCUCAAUUGGAUGGGUAGGUCCAAAGUUGAA